GACUUGCGAAGGGAGCGGAGGGAAGCUGGUGAAGGUGCUGCGGAGUGCCAUGCGGUGCGAAGGGCCUAUGGAUUAAGCUCUAGGCUGGAUGUAGCCCUGUGCACUCUCGGCUGUAUAUUUAUAUAAUUUAUUAGUUCUUGUUGUUAGCCUCCUUUCCGGAGAGACAAGAUGUCGGCGGAAGACGAAGCCAGGGAAGACGCGCGUCGGGAUUACCAGUCGUCCCUGGAAGACCUGACGUUUAACAGCAAGCCGCACAUCAACAUGCUGACCAUCCUGGCGGAGGAGAAUGUGCAGUUCGCCAAGGAUAUCGUCAUUCUUAUCGAAGCGCAAAUCGCCAAGGCUCGAGCAACCGAGAAGCUUCCAGUCAUGUACCUAAUGGAUUCCAUUGUUAAAAACGUCGGGAGAGACUAUCUCGCCGCCUUUGCUAAAAACCUAGUUACCACCUUUAUUUGUGUGUUUGAAAAGGUGGAUGAAAACACCAGGAAAAGUUUAUAUAAGUUACGGUCUACAUGGGAUGAACUAUUUCCUUCAAAGAAACUGUAUGCACUUGAUGUGAGAGUCAGCCAAAUAGAUCCUGCCUGGCCCGUUAAGCCUCUGCCCCCAAAUGUGAAUACUUCUAGUAUCCAUGUGAAUCCUAAAUUCCUAAACAAACCAGAGGAAAGUCCCCCAGCUAAAGCGUCAGCGCCAAGCCCUGCGCCACCCCGUGCUGCUAACUCUGAGGCACAAAAGCAUCUGUCACAAGAGCAGCUAAUAAGGCAACAAUUGCUGGUGAAGCAGAAACAGUUAUUAGAACUUCAACAAAAGAAGUUGGAGCUCGAGCUAGAACAGACAAGAGAGCAGCUGGCAACUUCACUUUCUUCUUCAAAACCAGUUGUCUCGCCAAAAAUUCCACACAUGCCAGUCAAGGCCCCACCGCCUGUUUCUGAAAAAAGCAAAGUUCCCGCUCCUACCCAGCGCAUUGAGAAAUCCCAUGAAAAGAUGCCAGUGCCAACCAGAGAUCCUCGUCUUGUUAAAGGAAAUCAGCAUUCAGCGCACGGGAAAGAUCAAGGGCACAAAAAGGAGAUGAAGUCCAACAUGGCCUGUAUGCCAGACCUAAAGCCUAUUAAACCUCUGUUGAAUGAUAAAGCAAAUGCUUCUGCAAAGCAAGAAAAGGCAAAGUCUAAUGAAAAGCUACCUAAGCGUGAAUUGGUGCAAUCUGAGCUUAAAGACCGAUCAAAGUCACCAUCACCUUUAAAAGCUAAAUUGUCUCAUAUGAGGGAUAAAUCUCAAGGCACCGAGAAUGUAAGGGACUUAGAUAUAAGUAGGAGAGACCCAAGGCUGCACAAGCACCUCCGUAAUAAAUCUGACGACAAAGAUGCUGAGCCCAAGGAGAAGCGGAAAUGUGACAAAAAAGAGGAACAUAAAUCCGAGCACAGAGUAGCGGGAAACCGAAACAAACCUGUCAAUGGGAUUGUGCCAAAAAACGAAACCAGUACAAACUAUCCAGAUAAAACAAAACCUGGAAGAAUCGGCAAUAGAAAAAGGUCACGGUCACCGAAGAGCCGAUCACCAGCCCAUUCACCUAAGGGUAGAGAUAGGAGGUCACCCAAGGCACGGCCGAGAAGUAUAUCCCCUGUUCAUUCCCUCCCAAAAAUUGGCAGAUUGCGUCAGCCUGGUAGUAAGCAAUCUCACACUGAGGACUUUAACGCAAGCUCUCGGGAAGAGCGGAUUAAGAGGAACGCGAAAACAGAUGCACGAGACGGCAGAAGACAAAAGAGACUGUCGGAGGAGAGGCCACAGGAUCCUGUAUCUUUGAUAUCCAAUAAGUCUAAUACUGAGCCAAAAGAGGAUAUAGAAAAUUGGCAAGGGCCUAAAGCCAACAAGCGAUGGAAGAGUGGAUGGGAGGACAAUAAAAACUCUCAGAAUGACGAUCAUCAGGGUAACCGGCCCCCUUAUCAGAGGCAUAAUAGUUGGCAAAACAGCACUAAAGGGGUUGCUUCUCCCCGAGCUCCAAAGCAGCAGCAUUGGUUAAGUGUUGAUGCUGAUCUGAAAAUACCUAAAGAAUUAACAAGUGCAAGCAAAGCAGAGUUGCUGAAAAAGGCAAAUGAACGCUUUUCCUUGGGAGAAAUCACACACGAUGAGCUUCUUGUAGUGGUACAUCAGAUCCGUCAGCUCUUCCAGUACCAAGAAGAAAAACAGAGAGGAAGUGUGUGGGAUAGCCCCACUGAGGAAAAUAAGGGUGCCUUAAGGAAGAAACCUCUGCUUUCCAAUCCAGAAACAACCUAUUAUGAACAUAAAGCAAAGCUGAAAAGGACACAAGUUCAGCAUGCAUUUGCUGACAGAGAAUAUAUGGAUCCAGAAUAUUUGGACAUGGAGCUGGAUGAAAUGGCGCACUCUGGCAGAGAUGGUGAACUUAGUGGGAGAGCGGAAGACAAAAUGCCUGAAAGAAAUGAGCAGUUUCCUGAAAGACAAAGGCUUUCCCCCCUACUUGGGACUAGACAUCCAGAUGAGGAUGCACAUGAUGGCUACAGAAGGCAUGAAGAUCAAAGAGAACUUUCCAAAGGUUUACGAGAAGAACCGAGACCUUUGUUUCCUGAACGAUUCCCACGCUCAGUCCCCAUGUACGACGAAUCUGAGGAGGCACCUUAUGAAGAAAAUGCAGACUCUAGAAUGAGUGGAAACAAAGCUAAUCCAAAGCUUCCUUUGAUGGAAGAGAGAAGACCACUGCUUGAUAUCCCACCACUCAUCCCUGUUAACAGAGGAGAUGCCCCUAUCUUGAAAAGUUUUGAAGAGCCUUCCAAUGUUGCAAACGUUAGGGAAAGUUCUCCAGUAAAUGCAUGCAUGCCAUUUGAUGGUGCAUCAGGAAAUCAGGUUGGACCUCAGCGCUUCGAAGCAGUCUCAGGACAGCCAGUCGAUGCCCAUUUUGAUAGUAUGGGUGCCAACCAAGUCGAGAACACAAGGUUUGAUGGCAUGAUGGGCCAGCCUAAAAAUCACCAGGGUCCACAAGGUAUGCAGAAAUAUGACGGAGCGCAAAACCAACCUAUAGUGUCAAGCCAGCCUGUGGGAGUUAAAAGAUUAGAGGGCCCUCCCGGUCAGCCAAUGAAUGCAGCAAGAUUUGAAGGCCCACCAAGUCAACAAUUAGGAGCGCCAAGAUUUGAAGGGGCCGCAGGGCAACCAGUGGGCCCUCAACGAUUUGAGGGAAUGCAGCAAUUAGGCCCACAGAGAUUUGAAGGAGUGGCAGGUCCACAAAGAUUUGAUGGCUCUCCUAGACCUCUAAUGCAGCAAAGGUUUGACGGAAUUCCUUGUCAGCCUAUGAGGUUUGAACAGCCAAUGAGAUUUGAGGCAUCUCAAGGACAACAGUUAGGCCCAGUGAGGUUUGAAGGACCGGUUGGUCCAAGAUUUGAAGUAAAUCAGCCUCAGCGGUUUGACAGUGGACCUGGUCCCCAACCCUUAAUGAGGUUUGAUGGGCCAAUGGGGCAGAUGAGGCCCAGGUUUGAUGGAACACCUGGCAAUAGAUUUGAUAAUCAACGACCUCAUAUGCAAAGGUUUGAUAUGCCUGGACAACCCUGCCAGAGAUUUGAAGGCCCAGGUCCAGGGCAUCAAACUCCACCUCGGUUUGAUGGGCCAAUGCAGGUCCAACCACGCUUUGAUGGUCCUUUACCACAGAGGUUUGAUGGCCCAAAUCAGCAACCCAGAUUUGAACUUUCAAUGAACCAUCAAGGACCACGCUUUGAUAAUAUUCAUCCACCCGUUAGGCAAAACGCUCCACCUUUUGGACAAAGUGGUCCUUAUGGGGAACCUCAGAACCAUUUCCAUGGACAGCCACAAAAUAUGCCACCACAAGGCCUGCCCCCUCAGGGGAUGCUGCCACAAGGCCUGCCCCAUCAAGGGAUGCAGCCGCAGGGCUUGCUGCCACAAGGGAUGCUGCCAAAUGGUAUGCAGCCGCAGGGCAUGCUGCCACAAGGGAUGCCGCCACAAGGAAUUCCACCUCAGGGAAUGCAGCAACAAGGAAUGCCACUUCAGCGGCCUGAGCAAAGAUUUGAUUUGCCACAGGGACCAAAUUUUGCCGGACCUUCUGGUCCUGGGGUGCAGUGUUUUCCAAAUCAACUUCCUAGACCAUCUGGGCCUUAUUUCGAUGAUAAGAAUCCAAAACCCCAAGGACCCCAGUUUGCAAACUUUAAUAACCUUCCUGUAGGAAACUUAGCACCAAGCCAACCAUUUGGACCAUUAGGAGGAAUGUCUCAGCCUGCAGGAAUAUCUCAACCCACUGCAAUAUCUCAACCUUCCGGAAUGUCUCAGCCGGCAUUUUCCAGUCAAGAUCAGAACUAUGUCCCCCCACUGGGGUCUGCAGGAGGAGUGUUUGUACAGCCAGGUGGUUCGUUUCCAUUUCCUGAAAAUCACUUGGGACAGCUUGAUGUUAAUGAGUUAUUCUCAAAGCUACUUUCAACGGGAAUCAUUCAAAAAGUUACACCGAAUGAAACCUCUUCUACUCAAGCAACUGAAUCUUCUGCACCCGCUGCAGCGGAAGAAGAGGAGGAGGAUGCAGAUGGAGAUGGAGAUGAAGAUCAAGAUGUCCCAGACCUUACCACUUUUCAAAUGGAAGACCUAAAACAGCGAUAUGACAGUGUUAUAAACCGACUCUAUACUGGCAUCCAGUGCUAUUCCUGUGGCAUGAGGUUUACCAAAUCCCAAACUGAUAUAUACGCAGAUCAUCUGGACUGGCAUUAUCGUCAAAACAGGACAGAGAAGGAUGUUAGCAGGAAGAUAACCCACCGGCGCUGGUACUAUAGCUUAAAGGACUGGAUAGAGUUUGAGGAGAUUGCUGACUUGGAGGAGCGGGCUAAAAGUCAGUUCUUUGAGAAGGUGCAUGAGGAAGUCAUAUUAAAAACUCAAGAAGCUGCCAAGGAAAAGGAAUUUCUCAGUGUGCCAGCUGGGCCCGCGGGGGCAGAUGAGAUAUGUGAAAUUUGCCAAGAACAGUUUGAACAGUACUGGGACGAGGAGGAGGAAGAGUGGCAUCUGAAAAAUGCAAUGCGCAUGAAUGAUAAGAUUUACCAUCCAUCAUGCUAUGAGGACUAUAAAAAUACAUCGUCCUUCUUGGAUAGCACACCAUCCCCCAGCAAGACUCUUCUUGAAAAUCCACUCAAUGCCAUGCUAAAUCUGGUCAAAGAGGAGGUAACGGAACCUACAUGCUCUGUGAAAGAGGAACCCGCCGAUUACACCGCAUCAAGCUGCUGCGAGAUACCUCUGCUCACGGAAAUCAAAAAAGAACCUGCUGAACCUGAGUAAAAAAAA